UUUCAGCUGCUUUUUCAAGAAGAGCUCAGAAUCACAACAAGGAAACUAACCCCCAAAAUGAGCCUCACAAGUAAAAUCGUAGCCCACUUCCUUGUGAUUGCCAUCCUUUCCCUCAAAGGUGCAGUUCCUGAAGAGAUUAGCGUCUGGGGUGCUGUGGAUCAGGACAUCAACCUAAACAUUCCUGGUUUUCAAAUGAGUGGAAGUAUAGAUGAUGUGCUAUGGAAAAAAGACAAAACCAAGAUUGCACAAUUCAAAAAAGACAGGACACCUUAUGAGCUAAAGGAAACAUACCAGAUACUAGCAAAUGGAACUCUGAAAAUUAAACAGCUGAAGAGAAAUGAUAGUGAUACCUACAAGGUAACCAUUUAUAAUACGCAAGGAAAAAACUGGAUGGAGAAAACGUUUGUUUUGAAGAUUCUAGAGAUGGUGUCACAACCUGAAAUCUCCUGGAAUUGUACUAACACAACCCUGACCUGUAAGGUAACAAAUGGAACUGACUCUCAAUUACAAUUGUAUCUAAAUGGAAGCAAUGUCACAAAGAAUAAUCAGACGAUCAUCACAUACAAGUGGCCCACCAAAUGGAAGGCACUAUUCAAGUGCACAGCAAGUAACAAAAUCAGUGAGAAAACCAGCACAGUGACCAUCAGUUGUACAGAGAAAGGUCUGGAUGUCUAUCUCAUCAUUGGCAUUUGUAUAGGAGGCACCAUCUUAAUCCUCUUUGUGUCACUACUCAUUUUCUACAACAGCAAGAGAAAAAGACAGAGCAGCAGGAGAAAUGAUGAGGAGCUGGAGAUAAGAGAUCACAUAGAAGCCACUAAAAAAGGGGGCCGGAAACCCCACCAAAUUCCAGACUCAACUCCUCAAAAUCCAGCUGUGUCCCAACCUCCUCCACCUCCUGGUCAUCGUCCCCAGGCACCUGGUUAUCGUCCCGGGAUUCCAGGCCACCGUGUCCUGCACCAACAGCAAAAGAGGCCUCCUCCUCCUCCCCAUGGCACCCAAGUGCACCAGCAAAAAGGCCCUCCUCUGCCCAGGCCUCGAGUUCAGCAGAAACCUCCCCGUGCUGCUGCAGCAGCUCCCAGCUCUGUUUCCUGAUGCAGUUGUCACUUCCUCUGAUUAGAAAAGAUAGAAGUCAUCCUUCCCCAUAAAAGGCCCUACUGAAUUUCUCCGCUAUGGGUGUGCACGCCUGCACUUCCACUGAGUGUGUUCUACAAGCAAAACAUUAUUGUCUCCUGAGCUCAUGGGCCACAGCCGCGUCUGCACCUUCUAACUCAUCCACGUGGUGUGACAUCUGGAGUCUCUGGUGUCCUCAUAGCUCUCCAUCACACCAAGAAGAGAAAACAGUUCAAUCACUAGGAUGAUGGGGGAUGGAGCACAAAACCCUAGAGAUCACCUUGUCUGCCUCUCCGGCCCCGUGUGGAUGUGAGACAUCGUGCUGUGCUGUGCUGUGUCUCCCCUCAAGCAGCCCGCCUGCUCAAGAGUCAUGGGUUUCUUAUGUGCUAGGUGGACACCUGCCCCCCAUCGCAGGAGCAAAAAUGAAAUAAAAGCUUUUAUUUGA